AUGGAUGCCCCCGAGCCAGAUCAAACCCCUUUCGCCGCCGUCUCGGCGCAGACGUCGAGGCUGCAGAUGAGAUAUCAAGCACUUCUUGACAAGUCGACACCUUACGUUACCUAUCGAUGGGUUGGUACCGUCGCCCUCUUCGUCGUCUUCGCCUUGCGCAUUUUGCUCGCGCAAGGGUGGUAUGUCGUCGCAUAUGCGCUCGCCAUCUACCUUCUCAAUCUCUUCCUCGCCUUUCUUACACCCAAGUUUGACCCCUCCAAUGAGGCCAUGGACAAUGAAAUGGAGGACGGGUCCGUUGGUGCGCUUCCCACGCGCGCAGACGAGGAAUUCAGGCCCUUCAUCCGCCGUCUCCCCGAGUUCAAGUUCUGGUACUGGGCCACCAGGGCCAUCACAAUUGGCUUCGUGUGCAGUUGGUUCGAGAUCUUCAACGUACCGGUCUUCUGGCCUGUACUCCUAAUGUACUGGUUCAUGCUGGCCUUCCUGACGAUGCGCAAGCAAAUUCAGCACAUGAUCAAGUACCGCUACGUCCCCUUCACUUUCGGAAAGAAGAAGUACGCCAAAAGCGGGAAUUAA